UCGAGAGUCGAGAGCAAAGGGAAGAGGGGGAAAGAGAAGAAAGAAGACACGGUGGAGAAGCCAAGGCCAAGCCGGAGGAGGAAGAGAGAGAGGGAGAAGGUAAUGGGUGUGGACUACUACAAGAUUCUUCAGGUGGACCGCACCGCCAAAGACGACGAUCUCAAGAAAGCUUACCGCAAGCUCGCCAUGAAGUGGCACCCUGACAAAAACCCUAACAACAAGCGAGAAGCUGAAGCCAAAUUCAAACAAAUCUCAGAAGCCUACGACGUGCUGAGUGAUCCACAGAAGAGGGCAGUGUAUGAUCAGUACGGGGAAGAAGGUUUGAAGGGUCAAUUCCCACCUCCUGGGGCCGGAGGUUUUCCCAGCUCCUCUGAUGCUUCUAACGCCUCCUUCCGAUUCAACCCUCGUAGCGCUGAUGAUAUAUUCUCCGAGUUUUUUGGGUUUACUAGCCCUUUUGGAGGAGGAAUGGGGGACAUGGGUGGCCGUCCUCCGGGACCUAACUUUUCUCGCGGUGUGUUUGGGGAUGAUAUAUUUGCUCAAUUUAGGAAUGCCGCAGGUGAGAAUGCCUCUUCCAAUUUGCCAAGAAAGGCACCUGCCAUUGAGCGGACACUUCCCUGUAGUUUAGAAGAUCUCUACAAGGGAACCACCAAGAAGAUGAAGAUUUCCCGAGAAGUUAUUGACACCAAUGGGAGACCCACCACAAUGGAGGAGAUUCUGAGUAUUGAGAUCAAGCUUGGUUGGAAGAAGGGAACUAAAAUAACCUUUCCAGAAAAAGGGAAUGAACAGCGCGGGAUUAUACCCUCAGACCUUGUCUUCAUUAUUGAUGAAAAGCCACACAGCCUCUUCAAGAGGGAUGGCAACGAUCUCAUUGUCACCCAAAAGCUUUCAUUGCUCGAGGCUUUGACUGGCUAUACUGCACAAAUAACAACCCUCGAUGGCCGAAAUCUCACUAUACCCAUCACUUCAAUCAUAAGUCCAACAUACGAGGAAGUUGUUAAAGGCGAGGGGAUGCCUAUCCCGAAGGAGCCCAGCAAAAGAGGGAACCUCCGAAUAAAGUUCAACAUUAAGUUCCCCAGCAAGCUUACAUCUGAGCAGAAGACCGGGAUUAAGAGACAUUUAACAUGAUGAGAAGAUCAAUGCUAGCAACAGAGAGCAUUCUAUUUAUUAAAAGCUCACGGCAGAUUUCAUUCAUCUUCUUGAUUGGUCUUUCCCUGCAAAGUAAAUUUUAAUUCAAGAGUUGCUGAAUUGUGUAUUUUGUGAGAUUUGUCUGGUAGUAUAAUUUUUAUGUUAAUUUGCCUACGAAAUUAUAGAGCAACAUCCUUGAUUGCAGCCAAAAGCAGCUUCCCUGUGCUCGUGUUUAUACUCUUAUAUGUAACUGUGAAUUGCCAUAAAAAAAUCUAAAAAGAAAAUGAGUGCCAUUAUUCAACUUAAGGCAUUCUAAAUGUG